ACAGAGUAAUGUUAUGUUGUUUACUUUAUUGUACGAUUAUUGUGAGUAAACAAAAGAAUAUUUACCAUUUAAAAAUAGCAUCGUUUUUUCAAAUCCAUUACAAAACACACGGUGACACUUUCAAUUAACGCCUAAUAGAUCGCAACUUUCAGAUUAAACAAAAUACAAACAUUGGAAGUUACUAGUAAGGUGACCUUAGUAACGAAAAACCCUGUGGACAUGCGGGUAAUUUGAAUCACGAUGAAGGAAUUGCAGAAUUUUGAAGAAUUUUAUGCUCUAAAAAAGCUCUGCGAAAAACUCGUUCAGUGUCCAAAAGAUGAAGAAACCCUAAAGUUGAUAAAAAAUGUUAUUUCACAGUGCCCACCCAGUUUUAUUGCUGUGGCCAAUGUUCAGGUGUUAUCGGCUUUAUACCCAAUUUUAAAACAAGUUUCAGAGGAUAAAGCAAGUUUUCCUACCAACCAUAAGCAACUUAUAGUCGACACCUUCAAUGAACUGUUAAGGAAAUUUAAAUUGAAACACAAAGGCAUAUUUUUUAAUAUAUAUUCGUUUCUGCUUUUUGAAAUUUAUGACCAUAAAGCACAUCGAGUUUUACCAGUCAGUGAGGAAUACAAGCUGUGCAUAAUGGAGUGUAUGGUAUCAUUAGCAAAUUCAAUCUCUUCUGAUUUAGUUUUUGAGUUGUAUACCAAAGAAAAUGCCCCUAAAUUUUGUCAAAUGUUAUAUGUAGCUCUAGAAAUUGCAAAACAAGAACAAUUAAGAUCCUUAAGGGUAAAAUCAAUUGAAUGUAUUUUAUCAAUUGCAAAGGUUCUUGAUGAUGAGGAUUUUAAUGAUGUAGUUGUAAGAAAUCAAGUUGCUGAAGUGUUUUUAUAUUUCAUACCAGGAAUUGCAUCUGGGUUAAAAAGUAUUGCCACUGAAGAUGAAAAAGUUGGACAUAAAGUACCUGUGGCUGCACUGAAAGCUUGGGGUCGUUUAGUCACACUUCUCAUGGCUCAUUAUGGAAAUCCAGAUGAACCAUUUGAUUUAAAAAAUUUUAAAACUACUUUAAAUCAGAACAAAUUGAAUAACAAAAGUAAUACCCAAAAAUUAAAGACUGAGCAGGAUGUUAAAAAAUAUUUAGAAUCGAAAACAAGAUCAAAAACCUGGUAUGCAGAAUCUGAUGGCAAAAUGAAAUUGUUGGUUGUUGAAUUCUUCAAAUUGGCCCAUCAUUCCCACUUUAAAGUACGACUGGAAUUGGUUCAGAUGUGUAACUUGGUAAUAACAAACUGUUACAGGAACAUACCUUAUACUGUUAGUUUUUUAAUUGAGAUAAUUAUUUCAAUGUCUGAGGAUGAAAAUGAAGAAGUAAAAGCUGUCAGUAAUCAAGCUUUAAAUAGUUUAUCAAGUAAAUUUACUGAUGCACAGUUCAGAACACUUCUAGAAAAUCUGGAGGAAGGAUUUUUGGGGGCUAUUAAUAGUUUACCAAGAAAAUUUAAUGGAAUAGACGAAAAAGAACAGUUGUCUGCAUUAAACUUAAUAAUUGGUUAUAUUAAUCUAUUUGGCAAAUAUAAGCUCCAAGAUAUUUUAUUAUCUACAAUUCAUUUAAAUAAACUUUUAUCUACCCUAAUUCACAUAUCUGAAUUGGAGAAGAACAAUGUAAAUUUGUUAGAAGAAUAUACAACUGAAGAUUUGGAAAUGACCACAGACUUAAGAACACCUUGGAAAAAUUUUAAAAAAUUUAAAGAAGAUUCUAUAAAGAAUCGAAUUGAACAUAUAUGUUAUUUAUUAGCCAAACACGGCUCACUUAAUAUUGUGAGCGACUAUUUGCUUGAUAUUUUUAUGUAUGAUAGAGAAAUGAGGAAAGAAUCAACGUUUUUAUUGAAUGGUCUAAUACUAGGCAUAGAAAAUGUUGAAGAAAACCAUCACAUUGUUAGAAAUAUUGUGUCCGCAUAUAUUAAUAAAACAUUUUGGAAUGUGCCACUUCAUGUGCAUGUAGAUGAAUAUGGAUAUGAGUACACUUUGGCUGAGAUACAAGACAAUGUGAUACUUGUGUGUUUGUUGAUAGAGGGAAUCGGUAAAGUUGCGUUGAUUCUUAAGGAAAAUUUUUCAGAGUACAUGCUGAAAACACUCUACCUUACAUUUGAACGGGCAGGCAAUGGUAAUGAAUUAAUAAGGACAGCAGGCUUAGCAGCACUGAAAAAUAUUGCAGUAGCAUGUAAAUAUUCAAGUCUUACAGAUCUACUUAUAAAAAACAUCGACUAUUUCACGUUCUAUAUUGAAAAAAAUUUAAAUAAAAAUUUCGAAAAUCAACACGUAUUAGACGUUUUAACAGUGAUUUUACGUUACAGCAAAAUCGAAGUUUUGUCAUAUAUUUCUGACAUUAUUAAAGAGGUAUUAUUCCAGUCAUGUGAUAAAUACAAAGAAAAAAAUAUGACUAGUUACCUCCGAAUUUUUAAUAUUUUUAUACAGUCUUUGAUUAAAUGGUACGACGUAAAAGUAACGGUGUUACCAAUAAAAUCUAAGGCGCAAAGGGAACGCGAAGAACAGGAAUUCUAUGUUUCUGGGGUACCUGAAGAAGAAGAUUUCUCUGAUAACAUCAUGAAAAAAAGUGCUGAAGAAAUGUACAAAGAAGAUAUGAAGAAAAAGCAAGAAGAAUUAGAAAAGGAAGCAAUAGAAGAUGUAGAGGAAUAUAAAAAACCGGAACCUCCGUUGCACAUUAAACUGACUGAACAAAUUUUGGCUAGAAGCCUGCAUUUUCUUCCAUCAAAAGAUCGCUCCAGAAAACUACUGGUGCUACAAAUAUUGACUAAUGGUUUGGAAGUCAUUAGGGAUUGGGAAGAUGAAUUAUUACCAAUUGUCCAUCAAAUAUGGUCCCCAUUAGUGGGUCGUUUUAAAGAGUUUAAAGAUCCACUUAUAAUCAAUUAUAGUUUUUCAUUAUUAAUAACACUAGGAAGAUUGUCAAAAGAAUUUAUUAGGAUGAGAACUCAAAAUGAUGUUCUACCAAGUAUUCACCAGGUUCUAAAAGAUUUAACUAAAGAAAGUUAUUUAAAAGAUAAAGGAUCUGCCUAUCGUUAUACUCAAUCCUACAAGCUUCAAGUAAACUUAUUGCAAGGGUUGGCAAACUUAUUGGUAGAUUUGGAUUCCACUGAAAAACAUGUGAAUGAGUCCAUGGAUGUUGUUUUUAAAUACUUAAGUGAUAAACAACCUUUACCUUUGCAGGAAGCGUCAAUUCAAUUCUAUAAAUUGCUGUGGGAUUAUAACCCCAAACCAGUUGAUAUUAAAAUAGAAGAGUGGAUUACUCAGUAUCAGAACACUGAAUUUAGUAAAAAUCUUGAAUUGUUAUGUAAAACAUGUAAAAUUCUUGAAUAAACAAAAUAAUAUAAAAGCAAAA